AUGAUGGAGAUGGUUAUGCUAACAAGAGGCGGUGGCGAAAAUGCAGCGGCGAAAGGUGGCGGUGCUACUGAGGAAGAACAAAACCAGCUGUCGUUAGUAGCGUUGUUGGUGGCAGCUCUGAGGAAAUCGAUGGUGGCGUGUCGUGUUGACCAUCUAGACGACCACAACUCAGCUCUACAUCAGAUUGAAUUAGGAUGGCCGACCAGUGUGCAACAUUUGACUCAUGUUACUUUCAAUCGCUUCCAUGGGUUUCUAGGGCUUCCAAUUGAAUUUGAAGUUGAAAUCCCCUUUCGUGUUCCAAAUGCUAGUGUUAGUGUGUUUGGUGUCUCAGCAGAAUCGAUGCAAUGCUCUUAUGAUUGUAGGUCGGGUGUGGUGGCAAGUGGGUGUUGGUGGCAGCCGUUGAAAGUCAAAAAGCAUGCCCAACGUUCAUCUCCCGCAUGCGGUGACUAUCCCCCGCUUUUCAAGUUUGCCGCACGGUAUAAGGGGUCAGCGGCGGCGUUCCCCCAACAAUAA